AUGCUAAGUAGCAUUAGUUGUUUGAAGCUUCAGACAAAAACGCGAAUAAUGUGGCAAUGGGGCUUUAAAACAAAACACAGCUUGACAAUCCCGUUCACAGUAGUACGAAGAGGCCUUCAGUUUGGACCCAUUCUUAACAAAGCGAAAACAGCACGAGAUCUGAUAAAAUUGAUCAACUCGACCUCUUUGACUCGAGCAGAAAGCUCGGCCAAUCCUGCCGAGCAGAACGAUGCACGAAUGCCAGACUGGAAACGUCAAAAGCUAGCAUUAAACAGGAAGUUUGAGGGCCAGCAGUGGAGUCCCAAGAAAAAACUUUCGCGUGAACAGAUGGAGAGCCUGAGGCUACUCAAACAGCAGUUCCCAAAGAUGACGGCGAGCCAGCUGGGUGAGCAUUUUCAGGUGUCGCCAGAAGUGGUACGGCGCAUUUUGAAAUCCAAAUGGACCCCUGACGAGACGGAAACGUCCAAGAUACAAGAACGAUGGAAACGGAGGAGUGAACGCGUAAACAAGCUAUACGAGUCUUAUAGCAUACAGGGCCCGCCGCCCAAAAAGUUGGUUUUGGGGUCUGGAAGGUCCAACCCAGAUCUCGCGGUGAAAAGCAUUCAGAGAAAUUUCAAGCCUCUUAGUUCCCCGUCGAAACCUUCACAGAGCACUCGGAGCAAGCAGAAACUGCAACUGCUUUCUAGACUAGUUGGCUAG